GCACUAUUCGACGUAGUCAUUCACCGACCGCAAACGUUCUCGAUUGGCCGUGCUCGCCGACCGAACCGCCGCCUUGAUUCAGAACGAGGUUACCAACACCGGCUUACACCCAGGGACGGGCGGGCAACAGGGUACAUACAGCGGCCAGGUCCAGCUCGGCUCGCGAAAAAGUGGGCCGGUCUGCCCGGAGGCUAUAGGCCAGUUCGUGUUUUGUGUACGAGGAUCAGACUGAAAGAAAUUUGUGAGAAAGGAACGUGUGGAAAAACAGACGAGCGAGAAAAAAGGAUGUGUACUUCGCUAGAGGGAAGAAAAGAAAGGCAAAAAAUCGUUAAUCGGUUUCGGGCAUACUUGCGGUGAGGAACGAAGAUCGAGAGAUCGUCGCAAAGAGAUUGAUCAACGAUAAUGAGAUUGGUUUAGCACUGGCGAUGUCGAAGAUCGGGAUUCAACAAGUGAAGAAACGAGGUUGGGAGAUGCGGUGAGUACAAAAGUGAAUCAAGAAUGAAAUGUUCCUGCCGGCUGUUUCUGAGCGGAGAAUUGCGAAGAAGAGCCCGUGUGGGAGAGAAUAGCGGUUAGAAAAUUAGACGACGCGGUCUGCCUCGAGGCAGCUUACAUUUCUGCCAGAGACCAGACGUGCGGAAAAUCGUGAGAGAGAAAGAGAAAGGAAGGGCUAACCUCGUCAAGGACAAAGUGAAGUCAAAGCGAAGAAAAACGAGGGGUCGAGCGAGAGUAAUCAGCACGCGUCGCUCUAAUGGAUACGAUUAUAAAAAAAAGAGUCGAUUUUUAAACUUUAUCGUUAGGAAGAUAUUCAACUUGUGUGUGUGCAUUACGAGAUAGAAAAAAGCAAAAUUAUAUCAAUAUAAAAAAAAAUUUUUUUGUCAUAACUUAUACGCAUUAGAUAGAAAUUUUGCCAAUAUAAAUAGACAUCAGGUUGAAAAAUGAAAAAAACUAAAUUGAUUAAACACGUGCUAAUUAAUUUCACCUGCAAGCUAUGCGAAUAGGAUACGAAUAAUUAAGGAAUAAUAUUGACCAAGAAUCCAAGACAUUGAUUCAAACGAGAAUACCAUUAGUGGAUAAAUUAUUAUUUACUUAGGAGAAAUCAAUCAUAUAGCAUAUGAUUAAAAAAACUUGUUCUCAGAAAGGAAACAAACAAUAAUCUUGGAAGCCAUUGCCUCAUUGAAAAAUCUGGAAAACGCGAAAAAAAUCUGUAUCUAUAAAAUUUUAAUUGAAACCAUUGAAUUAAUCGAUGUCACACACACAAACAUACACACACAAUUUUUCUUUCGCGUAAAAUAUUGAUUUAUAUUUAUCAAAAUCUUCAUACUUUUUACUAUCCAAAAAAGCUCAUCACAAAACAUUCGAAAUCGAUUUGGCGAAAGCCUGCGAUUGCGAAGGCAGCUAAGGGCACACAGAUAAAGAGCCGGCAAAAGUCAUCGUCGCGACAGAUUCGCCCUCGAGUAUGCCGUAAAAAGUAUUUAUUUGCGAGAGGUGGGGCGGGGCGACCCAAGGUUCACGGAGACGCGUGGCUGACGGGUCAAAGAUCGCAUCGAGGACAAAGAAAAAGGAUCGUGAAAGUUCCAAAGUACCGGUAAAAGAAAAAUCAAUCCGAGAAGUGGAUGUCUUGAACGGUGUGUCCCGGAGAGCUGGGAGGAAUGAUCGUAAAGACGAUUCUCGAAUAACCCUCCUUUUUAACCCUCCGUCUCGCAACGGGAAUAAAUAAAUACCGAGUUCAGAGCUACAAUCGAAGAGGAUAGGCGUUAGACAAAUAAGACGCUAAAAGAGUGGACGAAGAUGAGCAGGCAAAGCGUAUCACUUCCAGGCAUCAAUUCCUGUGAAAGGAUCAGGCCGGAACGACCCAGAAAUACGAUACAAAGACUCGUAUGGGGUCCCGGCUCACAGUUCCAGAUCGGCCAUAUCGGCAUCCCGGAAGAUGAGGGCUCAAAUCCGCGGAUGGCAUUGAGAAGACUGCUAAGAUUGUACGAGGGUAGACAAUACAGGGAGGCGGCCGGCUUCCUGAUGAAACUACCGCAUUACACUCUGAAGGCUGCUUUGACAGAUAUUCCGGUGGACCUGUUGAUCGAGACGUUGCCGCACAGCCUCAUCUUGCUGGAGGCGCUCUAUUCCCGGCUAGUGGAGCUGAACGUCAGCGAUACGAAGAUCUUGCGAAUCGAGCAAGUCCUCUGGAGGAUAGUGCAUCUGAUAUCGACCAGUCAGGACCACUCCCGACCGCGGAUCUGGUGCAAACUUCUCGUAUCCUUGAAUAGAUUAUCGCCCAACACAAAGAACACACUGAUAUCGAGGAGACGCGCCCUAGAGAGAGCCGUUGAAGGACUCGGCAAGCACGGACUGGUGCCCUCCUCGCAAACGAACAACUCCGAGAACUCCGUUACGCCGAAUCUGGUACCUUUGCCGCUUGCGUUGAAAGAGGAACUCGAGAUGCGAAUGGAGACUUACAAAUUAGCGUUACACAAGAUCGAGAAUUUUGGCAAGCACGCUGGAACCCAUAAAGCGGAUCAAGGUGUACAGGCAGCCUCGCAUCAGCGGCAGCUUUCCCUGAAAUACAGUGAGAUCCAGCAGCGGCUGAUCGAUAAUCAAAGCCUGCUCAACACCUUGGAGAAAGCGGGCGGACCGUGCAGCUUGGAGAAUCUACUGGCGGAGUUGAAGCGCCGGGUCGAGCAGGACAAGGAGGCGCUCCGACAAUGGACGGCCUUGCGAAAAUCGACCUUCGCACCGACGAACGCGAAGAACCCGGCCCUCGCCGCCAGGUUGCUGCAAUUUUCGAGGGGCUGCGCGUUCGCCCUGCAAUUUAUGAGCGAGAAUAAUCCGCAGGUAAGCGAGAAACAAUCCAGCAGUGCUGGCUACCAUACGGACGAGAGCGAUGACUACGAGGAAGAAUCCAGCAGUGCUGGCUACCAUACGGACGAGAGUUGCAGCCCAACUCCGGAGCCCGUCGUAACGGGUAGCAACUGUGAAAUUCUCAGCGUGGAGGAGAAUUGCUCGGAUUUAACCUCGGCGGACAUUACGGUGGAGCGACUCGCCGAGAGGUACGGUGCUCUUUACGCCCAGGCCAAUCUGCAUACCCUGGACGCAUUAGACGCGCUGGAGUCGCUCAAGGACGCUCCCGAUUUAAAAGCGAAGAUUCUCUACUCGGUGGUAGUGCUCUCGUGGCGUUUAGCCGGCAUGGUCCAGACAUCGAGGCGCCUGGAGGCCUUGAAGAUCCUGAACGGCGCGGCCGCAUCGCAGACGUCGGCGACGACGCCGGAGCUUGAGGAAUGCAUAAAACGGCAACUGGCCAUUUCCGGCGCGCAGACCGGUUCCCGUGAGGUUGCCGAGCAGGUGGUUAGCCAGUUAGAGAGGACACUGUACGACUUUCCGUGUCUGCGUGGCUGCGCCGAGGUCAAGAGUUAUGCCACCGCGUGUUCCACUUUGGCCUGGGCGUGUCUGGCACGUUCUACGCCGCUGGUGCUCGAUGUAGCACAGAGUCUGGAGUUUCGCAGAGAGGUCCACGUAAGGCAUCACGCUUCCCCGAAUCAAUACGGGAUCAGGAUCAGAUCGGUCCUGUGGCCAGGACUUCGGGAGGGCUGUCAGGGUCCCUGCCUUCACAGGGCCGUCGUGAUGACCUGCUGAAGUACUUGCGGCACCUCUGUAAAAAAUAAAAAGUACAUUUAUUAUUAUACAGAAUUGUCGCUUUAGGUAUUUAAACGAUCUUGACGAAAAAAAUAUCUUAUAUGUGAAACUUAUUCUCUCUAAGAGAGAGAAAUACAUAUAAACUCGAACAAAUGAUUGACACCAUCAGACAAUAAAAUAAACAAUCGUUUUCUAGACUUGUGCAAUUACAAUUCGUAAGAUAUAUAAACAAAUAUUUUCAAGCAAUGUUUUUAAAUUUGCAAUUAUAAUAUGGUCACGAAGAGAUAACUAUAUCAGUAGAUGAAAGACAGAGAAAAUUUUUCACAUGGGAUGCUGCAUGGCAGAUCCAAUUUCGUGCGUGUUCAUGAUAUGCAUUCCACAUCGUUGACCCUUGACGCCGUAAUCGGACCUUAAAUUUCAGAAAUGUAUCUCGCGCGUGUUGCUCGUGAUUUCAUCGAUCGCUUAAUGAAGAAUUCAGGGUAGUAUGACACGGUGUGUUAUUGAAGUACUGUAUAUGCCUGCAUUCUUGUUUUUAUGCGUGUUUUAUCCGAUCAAGACAAAAAAAGAAUGAUACGAACGAAUGAUGGUCAAUAUGUGGUAUGCAAUAAAUGGCAAACAAAAAAAAAAUUAUACGCGAAAUCGAAUGGAGAAAAAAAAUGUGCAUAUUUAUAUACCAUAUUUGCUAAGGGGAGUAACUAAAAAUAAUAAAAACUAUUCGUUUAUUAUUUUCUCGUAGAUAAUAUAUAUGUAAUUAUAACAAAAAAUAAUUUAUAUAUUAUAUUCAUUCAAAUUGCUAUUUAUUCUAUAGAAAAAAAAGAUGUGUUCUUUUUAUUACAAGACAAAAAUUGAGUGUCUUCGAAUCGCUGUAUCUGCGAAAACAUUAACCUCUUCGAUUUAAUAUUAUUGACAUUUUAGCAAGAAAAAUUAUUUAAUUUAAUUAUUUAUUUGUAAAUUCUCGAAACUUAAGAAGAUUGUACAGAUUUAACUUUUGUUAAAAAAUAUGACCAUAUAAAAAAGACUAUUAUACAUACAAUGAUAAAAUAUAAUAAGGGACAAUUUAAAAAAUCAUUUUAUAAAACUCAAAUAAAUAUUAACAUUUUGUUAUUUAUCUAAGCUAAGAGAUUAAUACUCGAUAUAUAACACAAAAAGUUUACAUAAAAUCACAGUACUAACAAUUGUUGAUAUGAUCGAUGUUUUAUUAAUCGAUAAACUCUAUUUAAUGGUUAUUAUAAUAAAAGUACUUGUAUAUUAUUUUUAUUUAGUCACAUACACACACACACAAACACACAAAAGCACAUAUACACCUUUAUAUUAAAAUUACGUACAUAAUUUAGGUAAUUUAGUACGUUAAUAAUAAAAACGUUAAUAAAAGUUUUUAAUAAAACAUUUGCAACGUUUCUUAGAGUUUAUUUAAAAAUAAUUGUAAGAGAAAGAAAGGAGUGAUAUUAAUAAAGAUUGAUAUCAAGAUAGAAAUUCAGACGAAUCAAGCUUAAUUAUUACAGCGCAGCUGAAA